AUGAUGUGGGCGUUCGAGCACGAGCUCAAGAUCCUCUAUCAGCAGUUCAUCGAGUCACUUGUCGAAAUUAUUAAGCGACCACUGGAAGAAGUGAUCAAAAGAUCUCUGAAGACGCUCGCCAACUGCUUGAUGGGAAGACCGGAAUCCGAAAAUGUAUUUUUUUUUCCAGAAAUAUAAUCUCUAUUCACAUAUCGUUUCCAGCUGAUUCUUUCGGCACUUGUCAACGCAUUCGGUCAUCCGAACUACAAAAUCGGUGCUUUUGUCGUCGUGCUUCUCGAAGGAACAGCCAGAAAACAUCCAGCAAUGAGAAUUGUGAUGCUUGAAGAAAUCGAGAGAUUGGCUUUCAGGUAGCCAGUGCUUAGAACCAGGUGUCUAGAACAAUACGUAUUUCAGAAAGAAUGUAAACGAGCGUGCGCAUCUGUAUUCGAUGACGUUCCUCUCCCAAAUGAAGUUCUCGAAGAAUGACUCGGAUCUGUGUUGCCGUCUCAUGUCUAUUUAUCUGGCUCUUUUCAAGACGAUCGUGGGCAAGAAGCUCACCGAUAAUCGCCUUCUUCCCAUCAUUCUUGCCGGUGCCAACCGUGCUUUCCCAUUUGCAAAGGAGGUUGAUAAACUUCUGGAGGACGUGAAAGACGUCUACUUCCUCGCCCACAACUCCAACUAUCGCACUGCCAUUCCGGCUCUCAAACUGCUGUUCCAGUUCCACAAAAUGAACGACUACGUUUCGGAUCGCUUCUACAAUGCUCUUUAUCGAAAACUCCUCGACAACUGCCCGGCUGGAGCGUAUGCUCAAUUGCUCAAAUUGAUGUUUGACACGAUGAAAGAGGACGCCUCCGUGCAGAGAGUCCGUUCGUUUGUGAAGCGUCUUCUGCAAGUAGCCGUCAACGCACAACCGGACUUUGCCGCCAGCAUCCUCCUGCUCAUCUCACGUCUUCAGAAGCUGAGAGGGAACGGAGAACAACUCAUCGUGCUCAAAAAGGAUAUUGAUGUAAGUGUGUGAAAGUACUCGUUCGGGUAGUAAGCAUAUCGUUUCAGCCGGCCGCUCGAGUCAUUGCUCAAAUGCAGAAUGACGAUGAGGAUGAAGAGCGUUACGUGGAUUUGGAUACAGCUGGAAAUGAGAUUGUUAGAAGUGAACUGAAAAAGGAAGAAGUUGAUGAUGACAUCAUCGAGGAGGACGCCAAGGAGGACGAAACAAAGAAAGUGGACGCGGGCAAACUGGGCGCUUCUUCAUCAGGCGGAUGGGUUCAUCGCAGCAUGGGUGCUCGCGGAGCAAAGUCUCCGUACGAUUCAGUAGCUCGUAAUCCACUGUUCGUCGAUGCGAGACAGGUGGCUGACAGUGAACUUCUCCUCCUUUCCAAACAUUUCCAUCCGUCCGUCGGCGUUUUUGCGAAGGCUCUGUUAGAGGGAAGAGAGAUCAAUUACGGAGGAGAUGCUCUCAACGAUUUCACCUUAAUGGCGUUCCUCGACCGUUUCGCUUUCCGUAAUCCGAAAGAAGUGGUGAAGAGCGGCGAAAAAAGAAUCGUCAGAAAAAAAGCGCACGAUCCAUGGGGAGUCCGGAAGUUGGCUGUUGGAUCAAUGUAAGAAAUAUUAUUGUUACGCCUCUUAUAUUGUUAUUUUGUAGGAGUACACUCAGAAGCGUCGUGAAGAAAUCCCAGCUGAUGAACGCUUCUUGCAUCGUUACACUUCGAGUCUGCAGAAGGAGAAGAAGGUGAAAAAGGAGAACGGCGAGGACGAAUGGGAGUAUGCGGAGUCCGUGAACUCGGAGGAGUUCGACCAGUUGCUCGAGAGAUUCGAACCCGGGGAACUCAAUGAAGAGUUCGACAUCGACUACAGUAAAGAGUUUGGAGCGGAGAAGAGCAAGAAAGGAAAGAAGAAGGCGAUGGACGACGAAGACGACGUCGAUAUGGAUGAGGAUGAUGAUAUUGAUUUGAAUGAUCUGAAUGAAGAGGAAGACGGAGGAAUGGAAGAGGACGACGACGAUGACGUUGAUGAUGAUGAUGACGACGAAGUUGAGGGAGACGGAGAAGAAGAGGACGAUGAUGAGGACGACGACGACGAAGACGAUGAUGAUGAGGGAGGAUUCGGAAGAAACAGCUCUGCGAACAUAUUCGGAGAGGACGACUCGAGUGACGAGGAGAUCGGCAAAAACGACUACGAGAUGGCCGGAGACAAGUUCGCCGAGAUGCUGGAAGACCUGGAAGAGGAGGACGAGCAGAAGGGAAAGAAGAAGGGAGGAAAGAAGAGAGGAGUGAAGCGAGGUGGCGGAGGAUUCAAGAGAGGAGGCGGUGGGGCCAAGAAGUUCAGAAGACACUAG